AUGAACUCCGGAGGUGCUAGUGGCAAGAUGGAUAGAAGUAGAGAGGCUGGAGAGCAGGGGGCAGUUGCUGGUGGAGGAGUGGGGACUCACGAACCAGCCAACCCUACGCUACCUACUUCUUCUACACCAUCUCCUACUACCGUGGAUCCUGUGAAAGCUUUCUCUAUUGAGAAAUUCAUGGGGGAGGACUACGAGCACUGGAGUUUCCGCAUGAGGCUGAUGUACACCCAAUACAAGCUAUUUGAUUUGUUGGAGGGAAAGGAGAAGAUGCCGCAGGCCGCGGAGCUGAAAGGAGCGUGGAUGAAGCGAUCGUUCGACGCGUACAUGCUCAUGGUGCAAGCGGUGGGCGGACGGCAACUUGACCACAUCAAGGACCUCUUGGCGAUCAACCUCAGCUCCCAACAACCCCAAUGGAGCGUGGAUUACAUUCGCGCGCGCAUCCUAGAGGAGGACCUGCGGCGGCGGAGUGUGGAGCGCUCGGAAGAGAGGGCUGGCUAUGGAGUUGGAGGUGGAAAGAGUGGCUUCAAGAAGAAGUGGAAGGGCAAGAACAAGGAUAACCCUAAGGAGGAUGGCGGCGGGGGUCAAGGGGAGGUGUGCUUCUACUGCAAGAAGCGCGGACAUCGUUGGCGGAAGUGCUACCAACGACCCAAGGAUUAA